UAUCACCAACCAAAACAACGCAGAAGUAAAGAUGGAAGGACGGAGAGCAGGCGGCUGAGUGUCACAUGCACCGAUUUCUUGCUUAACUCUCUGCUUUAAUUCACUGAAGGGCUUUCGAGAUGCCGGGUUCCAUAGAGAUCCCCCUACGUGACACCGAUGAGGUGAUCGAGCUUGAUAUCGAUCAACUACCGGAAGGAGAAGAGGUCCUCGGCAUUCUUCGGCAAGAGCAGGCUCAAUUGCAUCUAUGGGUCAACCUUGCGUUGGAGUACUACCGGCAGGGCAAGGUGGAUGACUUCGUGCGGCUAUUGGAGGCCGGCCGCACAGAGGCCCGGCUUGAUUACCGGGACUUUGAGCAGGACCAGAUGACGUGCCUGGAUACACUGGCUGCUUAUUACGUGCAGAAGGCCAGUAAGGAGAAAAACAAGGACCGCAAACAUGAACUCUUCACCAAGGCCACCCUGCUCUACACCACUGCUGACAAGAUUAUCAUGUACACUCAGAACCAUCUGCUUGGAAGAGCCUACUUCUGUCUCCUGGAAGGUGACAAAAUGGACCAGGCUGAUGCUCAGUUCAACUUUGUGCUUAAUCAGUCGCCCAACAACAUUCCUUCACUACUGGGCAAAGCCUGCAUUGCAUUCAACAAGAAGGACUACAGAGGUGCCCUGGCCUUCUACAAGAAAGCUCUUCGCACCAACCCAAACUGUCCAGCUGAGGUACGGCUGGGCAUGGGCCACUGCCUUUACCGCCUGGGCAAGCAAGAGAAAGCUCGUGCAGCCUUUGAACGGGCGCUGGUCCUCGACCCACAGUGCGUUGGUGCUCUGUCAGGGCUGGCUGUGCUACAGCUGAAUCAGAAGGGUACCGAGGCGACUCGCGCAGGCGUCCAGAUGCUGUCGCGCGCCUACGCCGUGGACCCAUCCUGCCCUGUCGUGCUGAACCAACUUGCAAACCACUUCUUCUUCAAGAAAGACUAUGGAAAAGUGCAGCACCUGGCACUACAUGCCUUCCACAACACCGAAAAUGAGGCCAUGCGUGCCGAAAGCUGCUACCAGCUGGCCCGCUCCUUUCACGUCCAAGAGGACUACGACCAGGCUUUUCAGUAUUACUACCAGGCUACCCAGUUUGCACCAUCGUCCUUUGUGCUGCCGCAUUUUGGCCUUGGCCAAAUGUACAUCUUCCGUGGUGACGUCGACAACGCAGCACAAUGCUUUGAAAAAGUGCUCAAAGCACAGCCAGGCAACUAUGAGACUAUGAAGAUCCUUGGAUCGUUGUAUGCCAAUUCGUCGAGCCAGUCUAAGCGAGACCAGGCAAAGACACACCUCAAAAAGGUGACAGAUCAGUUUCCCGAAGAUGUGGAGGCCUGGAUAGAAUUGGCUCAGAUCUUGGAGCAGAGUGACGUCCAGGGGGCGCUGUCAGCAUAUGGAACAGCAACCCGCCUCCUCCAGGAUAAGGUGAAAGCAGAUGUGCCUCCAGAGAUACUAAACAAUGUGGGUGCACUGCACUUUCGGAUGGGUAACCUGAAGGAAGCACGACGUUUUUACGAGGCCUCCCUGGAGCGCAGUCGCACAGAAGCCAAUAACGACGAGCACUAUUACAGCUCCAUCUCAGUGACUACUACAUACAACCUAGCUCGACUGUAUGAAGCCCUCAGCCUUUUUGACAGGGCUGAGCAGGCGUACAAGAACAUUCUUCGGGAGCAUCCCAACUAUGUUGACUGUUAUCUUCGCCUCGGCUGCAUGGCAAGAGACCGAGGACAAAUCUAUGAAGCUUCUGAUUGGUUCAAGGAAGCUCUUCAAGUGAACCAGGAGCACCCUGACUCAUGGUCCCUGAUUGGGAACCUCCAUCUGGCCAAGCAGGAGUGGGGUCCCGGUCAGAAGAAGUUUGAGCGUAUUCUCAAGGGUGCUCAAGGGGAUGCUUACUCCCUUGUAGCGCUGGGUAAUGUGUGGCUGCAGACACUGCACCAGCCUAUCCGUGACCGGGACAAAGAGCGCCGGCACCAGGACCGGGCACUUGCCAUGUACAAGCAGGUGCUGCGACUUGACCCGCGCAACAUCUGGGCUGCCAACGGCGUGGGUGCUGUACUCGCCCACAAAGGCUACAUCUCGGAGUCACGUGACAUUUUUGCACAAGUGCGCGAGGCCACUGCGGACUUUUGUGAUGUGUGGCUCAACAUCGCACACAUUUAUGUUGAACAGAAGCAGUAUGUUGCUGCAAUCCAGAUGUACGAGAACUGCCUGCGUAAGUUCUACCGCCACCACCACGUAGACAUCCUGGUGUACCUGGCUCGAGCAUUGUUUCGCUGCAACCGACUACGCGAGUGCAAGCGUGUCCUACUCAGGGCACGGCGUGUGGCACCCCAGGACACCCUGCUGCUCUACAACAUUGCCCUGGUGCUGCAGAAGCUGGCUGCUCAGUGCCUGCGCGAUGAUAAGUCCUCCCUGGCCAUUGUGCUUUCAGCCGUCCACGAACUCGGCCUGGCGCACAGGUAUUUUCAGUACCUCAGUGUCCACGGGGAUCGGAUGAAAUAUGACCUUGCCCAGGCUGCUGCUGAGUCCAGGCAGUGCCAGGACUUGCUGAGUCAGGCACAGUACCAUGUGGCACGAGCUCGUCGCAUGGACGAGGAAGAGAGGGAGAUCCGCCGCAAGCAGGAAGAGGAACGUGAGGCCCUCCGGCGCAAGAUUUCUGAGGAGCAGAGGCUUCUCGAGGAACAGAAGCUAGAGCAGGAGAGGGCCAUGAUCAUGAAGCGGCAGGAGUUUGUCGAAAAAAGCAAGAGCAAGAUGCAGUUUGUCGACACAGGUGACGACAAGCCAUCCAAGAAAUCGAAGGGACGUAAAACACAGGACUAUGUCAGUGACAGCAGUGAUGAAGGAGGUGAGGUUGAAAAUGGCGAGGUCAAGGAGAAGAAGAAGCGCAAGAAGCAUCCUGCUGGCUCUGACGGGGAGGACAAGCCUGCUCGCAAAAAGAAGAAGAAGGAGCGCAUGAGUCGCAGAGAUGGUGGGGAGAAGGAGAACCGUGUCCGCAAGGGAGGCAAGGCAAGCAAGAAGUCCUCCGCAUCUGUGGUCAAGGAUUCGGGCAUGUCAGCAAAGCAGCGGCUGCGCAUCGUCUCCAAGGAAACCAUCUCCUCCAGUGAGGAUUCGGACUCUGACAAAGGUGGCAAAUCUAGUGACAGUGAGGAUGGUGGCUCCAAAAGCAAGAAGCGCAAACGCAUCUCAUCUGGCAGUGAGGCUGGAGACUCUGAUGUUGGCAAAGGGAAGAAGCGCCAGAUUCUCUCGUCGGAUUCAGAGAAUGAGAAGGAGGAACCUUCAAACAAAGGGUCUCCUGCAAGCAGUACAAGGCGUUCAAGGUCCAGGUCAGCAUCUGGAUCCCGAUCUGGGUCCAAUAAGUCACGAUCUGCAUCAAGAUCGAAGUCACGUUCUCGUUCACGGUCAAAGUCUGGAUCUCCUGCCAACUCCCGGUCUCGUUCUCGUUCAAAGUCCCGUUCCAGGUCCAAAUCAGGCUCACGGUCCAAGUCAGGUUCAAGGUCCAAGUCCCGGUCAAGGUCUAGGUCAGCUUCAAGGUCACGCUCACGGUCCAAGUCUGCAUCUAGGUCUCGUUCUGGUUCAAGGUCUCGAUCAGGCUCGAGAUCAAAAUCAGGUUCACGUUCAAGAUCAGGAUCCAGGUCAAAAUCGGGGUCCCCAGCUCGCUCAGCAUCCAAGUCACCAUCACGUUCACGGUCAAGGUCAAAGUCUGGAUCAAGAUCGCAGUCCAGAUCAAAGUCUGGUUCAAGGUCACCUUCAAGAUCACGUUCCAGGUCACGUUCGAAAUCUGGUUCCAGAUCUCGGUCUGGUUCGCGUUCACAAUCUGGAAGCCCUGCUGGGUCAAAGCAGGGCAGUCCACCUGGCUCCCCUGCUCAGUCCGGCUCAGAAAGUGAGUGAGCAGUCUGGCAAAAGAAAAGACCGGCUGGCAUCUGGCUUUUGUUUUAUUUUAUUUUCACCACUGGAAAUCAUGUCUGUCACAUCGUCAGCAGUCUCAGUGAUAAUAAAAUAUUGUCAGUUGGAUUUGCUA